AUGCUCCGCACCGCCUGCAUGAGCACCGGCCUCGCGGCGGCCUCGGCCUUCGUGGGUCCCGCGCCCAGCGGGGGCGUCGUGAGCAGCGCCGCGACUGGUCAGCGCUUCCUGGCGCCGGAGGCGGCAUCGCCCGAGCAGCCUGCUGGCCUCGGCGCCAGCGGCGUUCUCGCGGCGGCCGGCGCGUGCGCCGUCGCGGCCGGCGCCGCGGCGCGCGCCGAGCGCCGCCGCCCCCGUGCGCGGGCGGUGGUCGCCUGUCGCGCCGGGGGGGCCGACACCGAGGCCAUCGCGAAGCAGGUGGCAGCCAGUGCCGCUGCCACAAUGGUCGCCGUCAGCGCCGCGGCGGCGCCUGCGGCUGCCUACCCGAUCUUCGCGCAGCAGAACUACCCGAACCCCCGGGAGGCAACCGGCAAGAUCGCCUGCGCCAAUUGCCACCUCCAGGGCAAGUACAUCGAAGUCAAGAUGCCCCACGAGGUCCUCCCCGACACGAUCUUCAAGACCCUCAUCGAGCUCCCUCUCAAAUACGAGAAGAGGGUCCAGCCGAUCGCCGACGGCUCCAAGGCCAGUCUGAACGCUGGCGCGAUCGCGAUCAUGCCCGAGGGCUGGAAGCUGGCGCCGAAGGACCGGCUGCCCAAGGCGCUGAAGAAGCAGAUGAAGGGGCUCGCCUGGUCGCCAUACAGCAAGGACAAGCCCAACAUCGUCGUCGCGGGGCCGGUGCCCGGGAAGAUCUACGAGACGAUGGUGCUCCCCAUCCUCGCCCCCGACCCCAACAAGACCCCCGAGAUCGUGUUCAACAAGUACGAGUUCUAUUUCGGAGGCAACCGGGGGCGCGGGCAGGUCUACCCGGAGGGCAACCUCAGCAACGUCAACAUGUACACCGCGGCGGCUGAGGGCACCGUGACCGAGAUCGUCCCGGGCGAGAAGGUGGUCAUCACGAAGGCGGACGGCACUGUGGUGGACUCGCUCAUUGGCAAGGGGGCCACGGUCGUGGUCGAGGUCGGCGAGAGCGUGAAGAAGGACGAGCAGAUCACCACGAACCCCAACGUUGGCGGCUUCGGUCAGGAAGACAAAGAGGUCACGCUGCAGGACAUGAACCGCGUGUAUGCGUACUGCGGCCUCUCCAUCUCGAUCUUCCUGGCGCAGCUGGUGUUCGUGCUUAAGAAGAAGCAGUUCGAGAAGGUGCAGCUUGCGGAGGGCUUCUGA